AUGGGGAAAUCACACGUGGUGACUGAAUUUAAACUCCUUGGAUUUUCCAACUUCCAGGAACUUCAGGUCCUACUGUUUGUUGUGGUGUUGAUUAUCUACAGCAUCACCCUGAUAGGAAACAGCUUUAUCAUCUUCAUUAUAAAAGCUUCUCCUUCUCUCCAGACCCCAAUGUAUUUUUUCCUCAAAAACUUAUCCUUCUUGGAUAUCUGCUACACCUCUGUCACUAUCCCCAGGAUGCUGAGAGAUUUAUUGUUAGACACUAAAAAUAUUUCCUAUACUGGAUGCAUUGCACAAAUGUGCUGCUUUGCCCUUCUGGGAACUGCUGAGUGCUUUCUCCUGUCAGCCAUGGCUUAUGAUCGAUAUAUUGCAAUAUGUCACCCCUUUCAGUAUCUGGUCAUAAUGAACAGGAGGCUCUGCAUCCAGCUGGUGGUUGGGUCCUGGAUGAGUGGGAUCACUGUGGCCCUUACACAGACUUCUUUGAUAGCUAUGUUGCCAUUCUGUAGGCAUAAUACUAUCAAUCACUUUUUCUGUGACAUUGUGCCACUAAUAAAUUUAGCUUGUGGAAAGACUUCUGUGAACCAGACUGAGCUCUUCUUGGUUGCCAUCUUCGUGGUGAUGGUUCCUUUUAUAAUGAUCGUCAUCUCUUACAUCUGCAUCAUCUCCACCAUCCUGAGGAUGCAAUCGGCUGAUGGCAAAUGCAAAGUCUUCUCUACCUGCUCAUCUCACCUGAUGGUUGUUUCAUUGUUCUAUGGGACUUCUUGUGCAAUGUAUUUAAAUUCCACAUCCAGUGAGUUCCUUGGAAGUGGCAAGCUACUUGCCCUGCUCUACACAGUAGUUACUCCAAUGCUCAACCCUAUAAUCUACAGCCUGAGAAACAAAGAAAUAAAGGUGGCUCUGAGGGAGUUGCAUAGAAAUGCAUAG